GUUUUAUCUCCAUAUCCAAACGUUUCACAUUUUGGUCGUCUGGAGGCGACUGACUUUAUCUAACUCUCCACUAAAGUUAAUUUCUGGAUUUUUUUGUUAACCACACCCCCAUUUCUAAUAAGCUCAUGUCGUCUCGUUCCUCUUGAACCAACAAUUUCAGUUUAAAAUUUUGACAAAAUUCCAGUAAAAAUUGCGUCUGUGAGCUCGCCGCGCUGAGGGCGUUCAGAAUCAAACUUUCAAGCGUUUCUCUUCUUCAGACCUGUGUGAACAUGUGGACCGGGAGAGGCUGGGCUUCGUCGCCUCCACCCUGGUGGGAGGACUCCUGUUCCCCCUGCUGGUGUGGGGGGGCUAUGCCCUGCUCCCCUUCGACCCCCCUGUGCUGCGGAGCGCCCCCCUCAGGGUCAUCUACACGCUGCGCUGUGCCUUCUUCGCCAUGAUUCCCAUCGUCCUCGGCGUGCUGGUGAAGGGCGUGGCCCGGCUGAGGCACUGCGCCCUGAAGCCGCUCUACCUGGACGGUCAGGUGGACAGAGAAGUGAGGGUGCACGGGCACUUCGUCAGCGAGUCGCUGGCCCUCUUCCUCUUCUACUUCCUGCAGCUGGGCGUCCUGGCGACGUACGUCAGCCAGGAUCUGGUGAAGCUGGUGCCACUGCUGACCAUCGUCUUUGUGUUCGGCAGAAUCUAUAACUGGAAUUCCUCCGGUGUUCGGUCCAUGAGAGUUCUGUCAGAACUCCGGAAGCUUCUCCAGCUGUAGAUCAAGUGAUUGAAGAACAGGAAGUCCUCCAGAUUUAACAAAAUAAAACUCUCUCGGUGUGAACAGGGAA